UUCUCAGUCGCGUCUCGCGAUUCGCAAGUGAGCGAGUCAGCGAUACCACGACGCCUAUAAAAGUCGAACCGCUCUCCAGAGGCCCAACAGUGUUGCUUGAUACUUGGUACAGUGCGCCGCGUCUUACUACUAAAAUCCCAAAUUAUAAAAUGGCUGACUUUUACUAUUUGCCCGGCUCCUCUCCCUGCCGCUCCGUCAUCAUGGCUGCCAAGGCCGUUGGCGUCGAGCUGAACAAGAAGCUGCUCAACCUCCAGGCUGGUGAGCACCUGAAGCCCGAGUUCGUGAAGAUCAAUCCCCAGCACACCAUUCCCACUCUGGUGGACAAUGGAUUCGCUCUGUGGGAGUCUCGUGCUAUCCUGGUCUAUCUGGUGGAGAAGUACGGCAAGACCGACUCACUGUAUCCCAAGUGCCCCAAGAAGCGUGCCGUGAUCAACCAGCGACUGUACUUCGAUAUGGGCACCCUGUAUCAGAGCUUUGCCAACUAUUACUAUCCCCAGGUGUUCGCCAAGGCACCCGCCGAUCCCGAGGCCUUCAAGAAGAUCGAGACUGCCUUCGAUUUCCUGAACACGUUCCUCGAGGGUCAGGAGUACGCUGCUGGUGACUCUCUCACCAUCGCCGAUAUCGCGCUGGUUGCCACUGUGUCCACAUUCGAGGUGGCUGGAUUCGAGAUCAGCAAGUACGCCAAUGUGAACAAGUGGUACGAGAACGCCAAGAAGGUCACUCCCGGCUGGGAUGAGAACUGGGCCGGCUGCCUGGAGUUCAAGAAAUACUUCGAAUAAGCUGUACUCUUUAGAUCUUAAUUUAUUCAUACUUAUUCACAAAACGAUUUGAUAUCGUCCAAUUGUUGUGUGCUAUUUUGCAUCGAGUCAAAACUUGAUGCAAGUAAUUAUCCUAAAAAUAAUAAAAUUAGUAUUCAUUUUUAUUGAAUACGAGUAAAACUCAA